CCCCGCCCCAGCCCCGCCCCCCCGCGCCCGCGGUCCCGCCGGAAGGACUUGAGCGCCCAGGAGCCGGGAGGCGAACCUGGGACCCGCUGGCCUCGCUCGGUGCGCGCCUCCCUCCCCACAUGGAGCCCGCCGAGCGCUCGCGGGUCCCCAGGAUCGACCCGUACGGAUUCGAGCGGCCUGAGGACUUCGACGACGCCGCCUACGAGAAGUUUUUCUCCAGCUACCUGGUCACGCUCACCCGCAGGGCGAUCAAGUGGUCCCGGCUGCUGCAGGGCGGGAGCGUCCCCAGGAGCCGGACAGUGAAGCGCUAUGUCCGGAAGGGGGUCCCGUUGGAGCACCGUGCCCGCGUCUGGAUGGCGCUGAGUGGGGCCCAGGCUCAGAUGGACCAGAAUCCCGGCUACUAUCACCGGCUUCUCCAGGGAGACAGAAACCCCAGGCUGGAGGACGCCAUCAGGACAGACCUGAACCGGACCUUCCCCGACAAUGUGAAGUUUCGGAAGACCACGGAGCCCUGCCUGCAGAAGACCCUGUACAAUGUGCUGCUGGCAUAUGGGCACCAUAACCAGGGAGUGGGCUACUGCCAGGGAAUGAAUUUUAUAGCAGGAUAUCUGAUUCUUAUAACGAAUAAUGAAGAAGAAUCGUUCUGGCUGUUAGAUGCUCUUGUUGGAAGGAUACUACCUGAUUACUACAGCCCGGCCAUGCUGGGCCUGAAGACCGACCAGGAGGUCCUCGGGGAGCUGGUGCGGGCGAAGCUGCCGGCCGUGGGGGCCCUGAUGGAGCGGCUGGGCGUGCUGUGGACGCUGGUGGUGUCCCGCUGGUUCAUCUGCCUGUUUGUCGACGUCCUGCCCGUGGAGACAGUGCUUCGGAUCUGGGACUGUUUGUUUAACGAGGGCUCGAAGAUUAUCUUCCGGGUGGCCCUGACCUUAAUUAAGCAGCACCAGGAGUUUAUUUUGGAAGCCGCCAGCAUUCCAGACAUUUGCGAUAAGUUUAAGCAGAUAACCAAAGGCAGUUUCGUGAUGGAGUGUCACACGUUUAUGCAGAAAAUAUUUUCAGAACCUGGAAGCUUAUCCAUGGCCACCGUCGCCAAGCUGCGCGAGAGCUGCAGGGCCCGGCUGCUGGCACAGGGAGUGGUCACGAGAAGUUGGAAACACAUCAUCAGGUCUAACCACCAGUUUAAAAAAUUGGAACUUGAGAAAUGAGUGUGGAUAAAAUGCCCUCUUCCUUCUACCCGAAUUACAAACGCAAAACCCUCACUCUCCUUCCCUGAACUCACACUAUUAAUACCCAAGUCCUUCCUGCUGCGGACGAGGACUGACGGACGGAGAGCUCGUCACCGAGGACUGACGGAGAGAGAGCUCAUCACAGAACACGCUGGAGAGCGCCCUGCACUGCCCAGGGGGAGACGGUGGCACAGGAGCCUCUCGGACGAGGAUACUGACAGAGCUCGUCACAGAACACGCUGGAGAGCGCCCUGCGCUGCCCAGGGGGAGACGGUGGCACAGGAGCCUCUCAGAGACCUGAGGACCUGGGGGUCCACUGCACGCCUCCCCCAACCCCCUCCGGAGAGCAGCACUAGCCGGGCCUUUCCAAAGCUCAUGUGCUCUGAAGGCCCCUCCUCUCCUGGCAACAGCAGAUACUCACACCAACCUGGAGGCUGCAAUUCAGAGCCUCAGGGGGUCUGUGAGGAUGAGACUGGUUCGCACCCAGGCUCCCGGCUCAUAGCUCCCCCCCCACAGCCCUCUUACAGUCUUCUGUGAAAAUGUUGGCUGUGUCAGGCCUCUGACCUUCUCCUGCCCCUUUCACCUGUCCUAAGGCAGGACUCUCAUCCUCCCCACCUUUCUGAUGGUAGGUCUUUUUUUUCCUUUCUUUUUUAUUGAGACGAGUCUCACUCGCUCUGCCACCCAGGCUGGAGUGCACUGGCGCGAUCUCAGCUCACUGCAACCUCCGCCUCCAGUGUUUUACCAUUGAUUCCUUCUAUUUAAGCUAAGAGUCAGACUCUGUUCCUAGGAAUAAAAAAAAUGCCGCCAAAUUGGGUGGGAGGUGAGA